GAAAUCGUAACAGUUUAUAGUAAUAUUUUAAAUAACAAUGAAAGACUUGUCAAUCUCCAUUUUGUAAUUACAUACCUAAACAUUAUACAUGGAGAAGAACAGAGAACAUAAUAUUAAAAGUUCAACAACCACCAUCGGUGACGAAGAAAUGGCGGGGGAGACGCUGCUUAAACCGGUUCUUCAAAAACCACCUGGCUACCGUGAGUUAAACUCGCAACCGCCAACUCCAAUGGGAUCAUCAUCAUCAUCAUUAUCAUCAACAACAGCGCUUCGUCGCCGGCCAAAACAUACGAUUCCGGCGUCAUUUUAUCCGAGGAAGAAGAAACAAUGGAGUCGUUGCCGCGUAUUUUGCUGCUGCGUCUGCAUCACCGUCGCCAUUUUCAUCCUCCUCCUUACCCUCACCGUCUCCGUCUUCUUCCUUUACUACAGCCCGAGACUCCCCGUCGUACGUCUCGCCUCCUUCCGCGUAAGCAGUUUCAACUUCUCCGGUGGAAAAUCCGGCGACGGUUUGUCGCAGUUGACGGCUGUAGCCACUGCGAAGCUGGAUUUCAGGAACCCUAACGGGAAGCUACGGUACUAUUACGGCGACGCUGACGUGGCGGUGAGUGUAGGAGAUGGUGAUUUCGAAACGAGCCUCGGGUCAACGAGAGUCAAAGGGUUUGUGGAGAAGCCGAGGAAUCCGACGGUUGUGAUCGUUCCGAUCAAAGCGAAGAAACAACAGGUGGAUGAUCCGACGGUUAAGAGGCUUAGAGCGGAGAUGAAGAGUAAGAAGUUGGUGGUGAGAGUAACGGCUGAGACGAAGGUGGGAUUGGCUGUGGGAAGGCGUAAGAUUGUUACGGUGAGGGUUAGUAUCAGCUGCGGUGGCGUGAGAUUACAGGCGCUUGAUUCACAGAUGAGUAAAUGCACCAUCAAAAUGCUUAAAUGGAUUAAAUUGCACUCAUCAUAAGAAUAAAAGUCACAUAAGUAAGUUUUGAUGAUUGAUGGAUGUGUCUUUUUCAUCGGGGGAUUCAUACGUUAUAUAUGUGGCAAAAGUUCAGCUUUACGAAAGAAAAUGUAAUUCUUUACCCUUUAUUGUUUUCACUUUCAUAUAAUUACG